AUGCGCGUCGUAUGCGUUGCCGAAAAAAAUUCUAUAGCCAAGGCCGUCGCAGGGAUACUUGGCGGAGGACGACUUGCACGAAGGGAUAGUUCGAGCAAAUAUAUCAAAAAUUACGAUUUCACGUUUGAGUUCCCGUUUGCAGGCCAAUGUGACGUUACCAUGACCGCCGUUGCGGGCCAUUUGUCAGGUAUGGAUCUGGAUGCUUCGCAUGGAUGGGGCAAAUGCCCGAUUCCUGCAGUUUUCAACGCACCUAUUAUCGAUAUUCGCACGAAAGAUCAAGAAAAGAUCGCCCAAAACAUACGCAAAGAGUGCAGAAACGCCGAUUUUUUGAUGAUAUGGACCGACUGCGACAGGGAAGGGGAAUAUAUUGGCUGGGAAGUCGUUCAAGCGGCGAUAAGUUCCAAUGCGGGACUUGAGAGAAACACAUAUCGAGCAAUAUUUUCGCAUUUGGAGCCGCGACACAUCAUUCAUGCUGCCAAAAAUCCCAAACAACUCGAUCUCAGGGCUGUAGAUGCCGUACGGACGAGAAUGGAGGUCGAUCUCAGAUCUGGAGUGGCGUUCACCCGAUUCUUGACGGAACUACUGGCUUCCAAAGUUGAAAGAGCUUCCGACCCCAAGAAUAAACAGCGCCCUGUCAUAUCCUAUGGAACUUGUCAGUUUCCAACACUGGGUUUUGUUGUCGAUCGUCACGAAAGAAUACGAAGGUUUGUAUCUGAAUCGUUUUGGUUUAUUCAAGUAGGUGUUGCUAAUGGGGCCGAUGAGACGUUUUUCCAAUGGGAACGGGUACACUUGUUUGAUCGGCUCGCCGUCGCUGUCAUCUAUGAGUCCUGUGUCGAGACAGCAGGCUCGAUUGCCAAAGUCAGCGAUUUGAAAUCGAAAUCUACCACGAAAUACAGGCCCCUGCCCUUGACGACGGUGGAAUUACAAAAAAACUGCUCACGUUUUUUCAAAAUGAGCGCCAAAACCUCUCUGGAAGCUGCUGAAAAACUAUAUCAAAAGGGCUUUAUAUCAUACCCAAGAACUGAGACGGACAUUUUUCCGUCUAACAUGGAUUUGAAAGCGCUAGUCGAACAACAAACUUUGGAUCCGCGUUGGGGGUCAUAUGCUCAAACUCUGCUGGCAGAAACGACAUCGAAUAGAUUUAAAUGGCCCCGUUCGGGCAAAAACGACGACAAAGCACAUCCUCCCAUUCACCCCAUCAUUACUUGUGGCUCAGGUUUAGAAAAUGACAACGAAAGGAAAGUAUACGAGUAUGUCACUAGACAUUUCCUCGCUUGCUGUUCAGAAGACGCCAAGGGCCAUUUAACGACGAUGACGAUUGAAUGGGGCUACGAACAAUUUACGGCUAAUGGUCUCGUUGUGUUGGAGCGCAACUUCAUGGACAUUUAUUUUUGGGCUAAGUGGGAAACAACGAAGCAGCUUCCAGCUCUCACUGUCGGUCAGGAAAUACAACUAAGCUCACAUGUUAUGAAGGAUGGUAAGACUUCACCGCCAAAUCAAAUGACUGAGGCCGAGCUCAUCUUGUUAAUGGAUGCCAACGGAAUAGGAACUGACGCUACAAUAGCCGAACACAUUGAAAAGAUACAACAGCGGGAAUACAUUACAAAAAAGAAAAUCAAUAAGCAAACCUAUUUGAUACCGACAAUACUUGGAAUCUCUCUGGUCCACGGUUUCGAGGAGAUUGGACUUGAAGAUUCUUUCGCUAAACCAUUCUUGCGACGGCAGAUGGAAGUGGAUCUAAAACUCAUUUGUGAGGGCGAAAAGCGCAAAUUGCAAGUUAUUGAUGAUUUGAUCAGCAGGUAUCAAUUAUAUUAUGGUGUUACUUCCAGAAAUCAAAACAAGUUAGUCGAGGUUUACAACCACAUUAGAAGAACGGUGACGUGA